AUGUUAUUUGUUCAUCAACGAGAUCUCCAGUCGUUGCUCUCCAGCGUUUUCUUUCUUGCUCUCAUGCUCUCUCAAGUUAGUUUUGUCAGAAAGAUGGCGUUUAUCACCGAAGUACUCGCACUGGAAGUUCCCAGCAGCGCUGACAAUUUUACCUGA